CAAAACUCAUCCCGUAAAACCAAAUCUCAUCUCAUCUCAUGUAAACUUCUCACACAAAUUCACAUUCGGAGGGUGAUAACACUAAUGGCGAAUCAACCACCACUUUAACAACAUCAACAACAACAAUGGCGGCAAUUCUCACCGGCGAUCGGUACCUCGAAUCGCUACUCAAAUUCGUCGAGAACAACACCGGACCGUUAAUCGAAGGCACACUCGUCUUAAAACUGAAUCCGGUAGGUCUUCAUUACGUCGAAUCGCGGCUCGAAUCAUUGGCGGAGCUUGAACGGCAGCUCGCCGGAGCUCCGGUGGAUUAUUUUCGCGCCUAUGUUUCUGACCUAGGUGAUCACCGUGCGCUGGAGCAAUUACGACGGAUUUUGCGGAUUCUGACGUCACUGAAAGUUGUUUCGGUUGUUCCGUUGCAGUCGUGUAGAGAUCCUACCCCUCUGUGUUUGUUGCCGUUUGGUAGGUUGAAGGUUUUGGAGCUUCGUGGAUGUGAUCUGUCUGCGUCUGGUGUGAGAGGGAUUUUGGAGCUUAGGUUUACGCUCGAGAAGAUUAUUUGUCAUAAUUCAACUGAUGCGCUUCGACAUGUUUUUGCUAGUCGAAUCGCUGAGAUAGAGCAAUCUCCUCAGUGGAAGCGGUUAUCGUUUGUUUCUUGUGCUUAUAAUGGCUUGGUUUUGAUGGAUGAUUCUUUGAGACUCCUGCCUGCUGUUGAAACCCUUGAUCUAAGUAGGAACAAGUUUUCUAAAGUGGAUAAUCUAUGGAGAUGCAGCAAGUUGAAGCACCUGGACCUUGGUUAUAAUCAAUUGAGAACAAUUGCCUCAUUUAGUAAGGUGUCAUAUCAGAUUGUAAAAUUGGUGUUGCGGAACAAUGCUCUGACUACUAUUCGUGGGGUGGAGAAUCUAAAAUCACUAGAGGGGCUUGAUCUUUCCUACAAUAUUAUUUCUAACUUUUCAGAACUAGAACUCCUAGCUGGUCUUCCUUUACUUCAGAAUUUGUGGUUAGAAGGAAAUCCAGUAUGUUCUGCCAACUGGUACAGAGCACACUUGUAUAGCUUCUUCUCUGAUCCCGAUAAGCUGAUAUUAGAUGACAAAAAGAUCUCAACGAGAGAGGUUUGGAAGCGACAGGUUAUAAUUGCCCGUAGGCAUAAGCAACCGGCUAGCUUUGGAUUUUAUUCUCCAGCUAAACAUGAUGCUGAAGGAGAGGGGAGCGUUCACACAAAAAUGAGGAAGCUAUCUCGUGUUGCCAGCAUUGAAAGUGAAACAAGUGUUAUUAUAUAUUCUGAUGAUGACUCUAUUACGUGCGAUGAUGAGGAUCUAGGCAAACACGAUAUUGCUGAUUUAAGUAAAGAAGCUGAAAUUGUUGAUAUUAUAAAAAAAAUCGAGUGCAUGAAGAGAGAGCGGUCUGCUUUAUGGCUCGAUGAGUUUCAUAGGUGGAUGACUUAUGUUCCUGAUGAUCAUAUGAAGGGCAAUUUGCACAGUGGGAUUCCCUUAAUUCCUAGCAAAGAAAAAGAUUUUAGAAAAAAGAGAAGAAUAAAACGUUUCGGUAAAAAAUCACGAUAUAUAUCGGGUUCUGCUGAUGUUUUUGAAAAUGUCCACCGUCUGGAACUUCAAGAAUCUUAUUACCCGUAUGAUGAUCUGUCUGUCAAUACGGCAUCACAUGAAACUGAAUAUGGGCCUAUUUCAAAUCGCAUGAAACUGAAAUCGUAUCAUGCUAAAAAUGGUAUCAAAGUUAAAAGACGUGAAAUGACAAUAUUGGACACAGUGAGUGAUAUUAUUGAAGCGCAUUCACCCUCGGUUUAUACAGGAUCACCACCUCAUUAUCAAGAGGAUAUUCUUCAUCGUCGCCAUAAUUUGGAGGAAGAAUUUUUGCAGCUAUCUGUUGAGUCGUAUUCUGUGCCGUCUUCCGAUAGCGAUACAAGUGAUAGUGGAAAUGAGCAAGUGGAAAUUGGAUCGCCUGUUCAUAAUGAAUCUACAACUGCUGAGCGUUCAAAAAGUAUGGAUAGCUUAUCGUUUUUCUCUUGUGAAGAUUUGCAGAAAACGAUAGAGAGCGAUUUACAGAAAACGAUAGAGAGCGACUCAUGUGAUGGUGAAAUAGUCGGUCUGGUGAAGCAAGAAUCAAAUUGGUUGGACCAAAAAAUGCGCAAAAGAAAACCAAAAACGAGAGUUGUGUCUCUUGACGAAAUGACAGUACAAACAGAUGAUGAUGAUAAUGAUUCACAUAAAUUUAACUACAGUACACAUUAUCGACAUGAAGAGGCCAGCAUAAGUGAUUACCAGAUGUUGGUUCAGGGAGGAGGGAUUCUUCCUGAAAAAAUCUUAUCGGGUCCGGGAACAGGAGAGUUUAUAUCAAAGAACUUCAAAGUAGAUCUUGCUAAUUUUGGGGUUGAAGAAACAUGUAGGCAAUAUGUGUCUUGUCAUUGUUUGUUUGAGGAUCCAUCUGGGGACAUCAAAAGCGGAAUGGCAUUAUUACUUAUCUGUGAGCAAAAGUUGUAUGUUGUGCUCCUCAAUGGCAGACAUGAUGGGUCAGGAUCUAGCGCGAGUCUAGUUGGUUGCCUCGGAACAGAAGAUGUCAAAGAGGUUUUAGUAGGUUUAGGACUCCAGGCAGUGAGGGUGUACGCUAAUAGAGGGGCAAGGUAUAUGUUCAUAACUAGGAGUAUAGAGAAAUCAAGGCUGCUUAUAUCUAUGCUGGAACUAUUUCAUUCAAAUGCCAACAAGAAAGGGUUUCCUCUUGUAAGUUUGGAUAAGAUCCAGGUUGCUUUGUUUGAGAGGGAUGUCUGUGGAGGGUCAAAAACAAACAUCCUUCAGUAUUCCAUGGUGCUCUUUUGGAACAAUAAAUCUCAAGAGAAUGAAUGGUGUUCAAGAUCAUUGUUUGUUCUUGGAGGGCAUAUGCUUGUGUGCAUUGAGGAUAUCUCUCAGUUUGGUUUUGAUUCCCAAGACAUAUUUACUCCAUAUUUCUCUCUUGAUACCUGUUGUUUUAUUGCAAGUGCAUUGGAAAUGGUUAUAGACACCAAAGAGAGGUGGUGUGUGACAUUAACCCUCAGCUCUGUUACAUCAGAGUUCACCCCUUGGGACUUAGCCAUGACAUCAGAAAACGGUUCACUCAACAGCCCGGGUGCGGUUCCUGUGACCUGGAAGCUGAGGUUGUUCAGCGAAGACGGUUUGCUCAAAUUCAUUGCACUUGUGAAGGCACUCCAUGCCGGAGCUGGACCCGCGUCUCCUUUAAAAAUAAGAUACGUUUCAUAGUUGUCCUUCCUACUUUCACUUGUUUAUAUAAUAUGAUUUAGGUCUUUCAGCAUUAUUCAUUUUAUUCAUUGAUUCCCUUUUGAGUUUUCGGUUAUAGUUUUGGUCACUUGAAAUAGCGUUUUCUUGUAAAGGUCGUUUUGUGCAGAAUAAAUGUAUAGUGUUGUGGUCGAAAUAAUAUUAUGGUUCUAAAAUUUUGAAUGAUAAACAAUCUGCAAUGCUUGCAUGUUUUCUUUUUCUUCUCUAAA